UUUCUAUAAAAAAUAAAUAAACAUAUGUCGAUUACAUCUAUCAUUCCUUCUGAGAACAAACACGCUAAACAGACAAGAGAGAAAUUAGCCUAUUUGAAGAAACUGACGUCUUCUCUGGAUGACUGGGAUUUAAAUCAAGAACAAGAAAACGUCAAGCUGUACACGCAACAAAAGAAUACGAAUACGCCUCUUUUGGUGCGUGGCGAUACUGUCUUAUCAGAUUUGCCGCCUGGUUGUACUCCUUUGACAGUUGCUACUGUGGCUACGUUGCCCGGGUGCCGAAAGAUAUGGGACGAUAAAUAUGAUCGGUCAGAAAUAAAAGAGUAUUAUACACGCUAUGAAUCCUUGUUUUGGGUAAAACUUAAAGCUCCAUGGCCUAUCAGUCCUCGCGAUUUUGCAGCAACUUCAAUACGAGAUGUGACACCCUCCCAGGUGUAUUGUUCCAUUACCUCUGUCAAAGAUGAAGCCAUUCCGGAUACUUCUGGCUCAGUUCGAGGCGAACUUUAUAUUUCUGGCUGGAAAAUAUGUCAAGAAGAUGACGGGAACAUUAGUAUCACCUAUGUAAAUCAAGUGGAUUUAGCCGGUUCCUUGCCCUGGUCGUUUAUCAAAAAGAUGCUUAUCCAGAGUGCACUGUGUGCUGGUAAAGUCCGAAAUUACCUCACUCAGCAUGGGUUUCCACCUACCACCACCAAACUGAUGGGGAAAAUCGUAUUUCUCGGAGAAGAGUUUGACCAUGAUGCCAAAAAGUAUAGCCUUGAUUUGGAAACCACAGGUGAUGAUAAUCAAAUCGAAAUUUUAUGCUCUUGUCGUAUGUAUCCUGAAGGCAUUCAGACGCUAAUGAUGCAUGGGCAAGCUGAUAUUAAUCAAGAGCAAGAUGAGCAUGAAAACUAUCGCCUUAUUUUAAAAAAUGUACAGGGCCAUCAUAUUCAGGUAGUGAUUACAAAGAAAUAAAAAAACUGAUAUCACAAAGACGACAUGAUGUG